AAAAAAAUGUUUAAAGCUUCCCGAAAACAAAACUGGAGGAGGGACUUAAAAGAAGUGAAUUUUGAAUUUUCUAAAAAGCGUGGAAGUGGGGGAAAAUACUACUUGACCACCCGUUCACAUCACGCUCCAAUCCCUAGUGGAAAAUAUCAGGAUUCCAUGCGACUGGAAAACACUCCCCUACAGGGGCGGAGAGCGCACUAGUUACGCGUUUUCAACCCGGAACUGUGAAAGAGUGAUCAAUUACUGUACCUUGGAGUUAGCAGAGUUCUGCACUCCCGAAAGUUCCUCUGAGUGUGGGCUGGAGCGGACCAGGAGCGAUCUGGGCUCGCCAUUCCGCGGAUAUCCGAGGGCAGUAAGAUCCUUUUGAUCCAGGGUACGUCCCCCUGGGCCCCUGGCCCCCCCCUGCUCCCUGCUGUACCCAGCCAAGCCCAGGCUGAACGCACGCGCAGGGCGCCACCAUGCCUCCUCAGAAGGACAUCGUGAAGAUCGCCAUCCAGAUGCCUGGGGCCUAUCCCCAGCUCAUUGACCUGGACCAGAAAAAGCCACUGUCAGCAGUCAUUAAAGAAGUCUGUGAUGGGUGGAACCUCAGUGGCCCCGAUGGCUAUGCGCUGCAGUACGCCGAUGGCAUCCAGACCUACAUCACUGAGUCGAACCGUUUGGACAUCAAGAAUGGCAGUAUUCUCCGCCUCACCAAAGCACCUGGUCGCUAUGCUGAAGAACUCUUCAGGGGCAUCCAGAACUCGGACUCCGGCGUGCGCUGUGACUCUCUGAAGCAGCUGGCCGCCGUCUCUACCGAUGUCACCUUUGCCCAGGAGUUCAUCAGCCGCGACGGGCACUCCCUGCUGGUGCAGAUCGUGGAGAACAGCAAUGAGGCCCCCAUCAUCAUGGCCCACACCCUGAAGGGCUUCAUGGAGCUCAUGGAUCACGGCAUCGUCUCCUGGGAGAACCUCUCCACCGUGUUCAUCAGGAAGAUCGCAGGGUUCGUCAAUGUCAAGGUGAUGGAUGCCUCCAUCCAGCAGCUGUCCCUGGCCAUCCUGGAGAACAUGGUGCAGAGCAGCACCAGCCUGUUCCUGCUGGUGAAACAGGAAGUCACGCUGGAGAGGCUCAUCGGGCACCUGCAGGUGCUCAACCAGCAGAUCCAGACCAAGGCCAUGGCUCUUCUCAUUGCUCUCCUGCAGUCCGCGUCCGACAUGGAGAAAAAGGAAAUGUUUGAUUUUCUGGUAAAAAUAAACCUGCGCCAGUAUAUAUACAAGAAUAUCAUCCACAGCUCGGGCGCAGUGGGGGAUGAGAUGGCCCACUACCUCUAUGUCCUGCAGUCUGUGACUCUGAACCUUCUAGAGCCCAAGAUGAGGAUGCCCCUGGACUCCUAUAACCAGGAGCAGCGGGAAGUCCUGCACAGCCUGCGGCAGGCAGCCUUCGAGACGGAGAGCGAGGGCAGCCUGAGUCACGAGCGCCGCCGCUCGCUCUGCGCCAAGGAGUUCAAGAAGCUGGGCUUCUCUAACAACAGUAACCCGGGCCUGGACCUGAACCGCACUCCUCCGGGCCUGCUGGCCCUCGAAACCAUGUCCUACUUCUCCUCGCGCUACCCUGAUGCCUACAGCCGGUUCGUGCUGGAGAACAGCAGCCGGGAGGACAAGCACGAGUGCCCCUUCGCCAGGAGCAGCAUCCAGCUCACCCUCAUCCUGUGCGAGAUACUGCGCAUCGGGGAGCCCCCUUCGGAAACUGGCCAGGACUACCACCCCAUCUUUUUCGCCCAGGACCGCCUCUUGGAGGAGCUCUUCUGUAUCUGCAUCCAGCUGCUGAACAAGACCUGGAAGGAAAUGAGAGCCACCCAGGAGGACUUUGAUAAGGUGAUGCAGGUGGUCCGGGAGCAGAUCACGCGGACGCUGUCCAGCAAGCCCACCUCCCUGGAGCUCUUCAAGAACAAGGUGAACGCCCUCAACUACAGCGAGAUCCUGAAGCUGCGGCAGACCGAGAGGCUGCACCAGGAGGAGACCCUCGCGCCCCCCGUGCUGGAGCUGAAGGAGCAGCUGAAGCCGGAGCUCCUGGAGCUGAUCCGGCAGCAGCGCUUGAACCGGAUGUGCCACGGCACGCUCUUCAGGAAGAUCAGCAGCCGGCGGAGACAAGACAAGCUGUGGUACUGCCGCCUGUCGCCCAAUCACAAGGUGCUGCACUAUGGCGAUGUGGACGAGGAGACGGACGCCCCCCCCAUUGAGACCCUACAGGAGAAGAUUCCUGUGGCUGACAUCAAAGCACUACUGACAGGCAAAGACUGCCCUCAUAUGAAAGAGAAGAGCUCAGGAAAGCAGAACAAGGAAGUCUUGGACCUGGCUUUCAGCAUCACCUAUGAUGUGGAGGAGUACACCCUGAAUUUCAUCGCCUCUUCCCGAACUGACUUCUGCCUGUGGACGGACGGCCUGAACGUGCUGCUGGGCCGCGACAUGACCAGCGAGUGCAUGCGCAGCGAGCUGGAGAUCCUGCUCUCCAUGGAGAUCAAACUGCGGCUGCUGGACCUGGAGAACAUCCCCAUCCCCGACGCCGCGCCCCCCGUCCCCAAGCCCCCCAGCAACUACAACUUCUGCUACGACUUCAGCCAGGCCGAGCAGUAGGGAGCUCGUGGGGACGGGGAGGGGGCCGGGGGGGAUCAGGAGGGUUGCCCGUCCUCGUUGAGCUGGUCUGGGAUGUUCCGGCUGACGUUUGACAUUAACGCUCUCUAACCUCGGGGAUCGGUCCUGGAUCAGUCCUGUCUUCUGGUAGGCUGCCGCGGCUCGGACACACCUGGCUGACCUGUUGUGCUCUUCACAGCCCUUCGUGUGAUGUGCCGUUGUUGUAUCAUUCUGUGCCGCUCCCUUACCCUUCAAUGAGUGUAAGAAUGCCUUACUGCGUUCCCUCCCCUCCUCUGGUCCUGGUUGGAACGAUGGCUGACCUUCGGUACUGUACUGUGGGGGCUUUGAUGGCGUUAAGUCAAAGAAACUGACUCCGAUGGAAAAGGGAGCACUGCUGGUUUCCUUUGCUCAAGGCUGUCAUCACCCUGCGAUCCUCCAGGUUUCAAGGAAGAUACGACUCAUUAAGUUGUGGACUAACUAACACUUAAGAGACAUGGUCCUAUUAAAGAGGUACUGUAUGGCCAACAACAUGUAACCCCCCAGUUUUAUGUGUACGAAUAUCUUAAAUGGGCUACUCUAUUCGAUUUACUGUAUGAAUGUUUGAUUUCCUACUGUUAGAUCCAACCUAUGUAAUGUGUGCAAUACAAGUUACUGCAGUCUAAGUGGAGGCAGAGGAACUCUACAGACUUCUCUAGCUUAAGUAGCUGCAAAAGAAUAAAAACUACUAAACGAUUUGCUAGGUUGCUGCCAAAAAAGCAGUGCACUUCCAAUCAAAACUGUCUGCCUGAGUAUUAACUACUACUGAAUCUUCUGGCCGUCUCCUGCAUGUACUGUACCUGCCAUCAGUGUGUGACCAGCAGUGUUGUUCUGGGAGUAUACCUCAUGGUGGAAGUGGCCAUGCUUUACAGGAAGUGAUGUCACCCCACUCUUUGGUCUAGACAGGGCCGAACUCUGCCGACAUGGUGGAGCUACCCACUGUCAGGGGUGGCGUUGUGUGUGCUCGGAGCCCCCGAGCAACCAGGAUUCAGUCCUGGCAGGGGCAGGGAGAGCUGAACUCAUCAAGCGUGAAGGCAGCCAGACUAACCCAGCUGCAGGAACAGUCGGGCUCGUAUGCUGUCUUGUAUUGUACCUCAGUGCAACAUCAGCUUCAGAGCCGGGUCUGGGCAUUUUUGUAAGGCAGCUCAGCAAUAUCUGAGUUCCACAAAAGCAGAUUUUUGACCUGUGAAUCUCUUGGUCACUAUGAAGAUGAGUUUGGGAACUUCAGUCAGCCGUAGUGAUAUAAAGGGUUUAUUUGCUACAGCUAGUUAAAAACUGUAUCUCACCUUGAAAAACAUUACUAAUAAUGGGGUAAAGAAAAAGGCCUCACACAGACCAUUAGGUACUCUCUGACUCAGUUCAAGGGACCCUUGAAACAUCCAAUCCAAAACUGCCAAACAAUGUAACAUUUGUACUGUAUGUGCCUGAGAUAAAACUCUGAUCAAUUUCAGUGAAGUAUUAUUAUUAAUAACUUGUAGGUACUUCAAUAUUAAUAAUCAUAUUAGUAAUUGGUACUUUGAAUAGCCAAAACGGACCUUACAUUAUGGUCUACUAAGACUAAAAAUGCAGUCAAUACACUGUUUACCAGCAGGAAACUCAGUAAAUGCCACAUUAACAAUGUUUCAUGUAAUGUGCUUAAAUAGACACGGUAACAAUUAUAUACUCUCAGACUAGUGCAUCUUUUUCUGUUUUGGGGUAUUGGUAAAAAAGUCCAUUGUUAUUGUGUUUAAACAUAAAAGAUUUUCAACAUUUUCAGGUUAUUUAAAACGCAGGCAUCCUUAGGCUUUAAAUCGUGUUGCUGCUGAGCAACGAUUUCGUGGUCAAAACCUCAUCCAGACGACUUUCAGCAAACAGUGAUCCCUCGGGCCGUUUCAGUACAAACUGGAGACCAGGGAUAACGUCAGCCAAGUGAAUUGUCCCUGCCCCUUUUGGAAAAAACUUCUUGAUAUUCCAGUGUUCGGUUAUGACACUUGGGUUAUAACGCCAGGAUGAACUGUUGCUUUAAGGAGACAAUUGAGUGAACUAGACCCUGCAAAUAAAAGAGAAAAUGUGCAAUUUGA